AUGGAGCUAUUUCCAGCUCAACCAGAUUUAUCUUUGCAAAUUAGUCCUCCAAACACAAAACCAACAUCAAGCAAUUGGAAGAGAACAACAACUGAAGAAGAAAUGGAUUUGGGGUUUUGGAAAAGAGCUUUGGAUUCAAGAAACUCUCUAUCAUCAUCAUCUUCAUCAAUGGCUACUACUACUACUUCUACUAAAACUCAUGAUAAUUACACUUUUGACCUCUCUCUUUCAAAUCCAACAAAGCCUUUAGAUUCAAACAACACUCCUUCCAAUAACCUCAUUCAUCAUCAUCACUUCCAAAAUAAUGGUAACAACAACAAUAAUGCAAUUGCAAACCCUUUUCAAUCUUUUCAACAAAACCAUUACUUUCAACACCCCCAACCUUUCUUUCAACACCACCACCCCCAAAACCAAAGCUUAAGUCAAGAACUUGGUUUUCUUAGACCUAUUAGAGGAAUUCCUGUUUAUCAAAACCCUCCUCCUUUGUCAUUCCCUCAACUUCUUAAUCAUAACCAUAAUCUUAAUCAUAACCUUAAUCAUAACCUUAAUCACCUCCAUGUUCUUGAUGGCUCUACAACUACUACUACACCUUCUUCUAUUUCUAACAUAAACACAAACUCAACCCCUUUUCAAUCUCAAGCUUUGAUGAGGUCAAGAUUCUUGUCUAGAUUUCCUGCAAAAAGAAGCAUGAGAGCUCCAAGGAUGCGUUGGACUACUACACUUCAUGCUCGAUUCGUUCAUGCUGUUGAACUCUUAGGUGGCCAUGAAAGGGCAACUCCAAAAUCAGUUCUUGAGCUAAUGGAUGUGAAGGAUCUAACAUUAGCACAUGUUAAGUCACAUUUACAGAUGUAUCGGACGGUGAAGACUACAGAUAGAGUAGGGGCUUCAUCAGGGCAAUCGGAUGUAUACGAUAAUGGAUCGUCUGGAGAUAAUUCUGAUGAUAUAAUGUUUGACAUCAAUUCUUCAAGAAGAUCAUCUGAUUUAUCCAUUAAGCAGCAAGGAAGAUCAAAUGUUAAUCAAGAUAAGGAAUGUUAUGGUCUUUGGAGCAACUCAUCCCGGGAAGGUUGGUUACAUGGUAAACCAAAGGUUGAUUCUAUUGGAAACAUGCAAUCUCUUGAGAAGGAAAUGGACCCAAAGUGUUUAAGCUAUGAGAGAAUAUCAGAUGGAAGUUCAUCUACAAACCUAUCAGGAUCAAGCCCAAAGAAACCUAAUUUGGAUUUGGAAUUCACCUUAGGCCAGCCUCUUUGA